CGCAGGCGGGAGCUCAGAGCUAAGAGCCCCCAGUUGCACUUGAAGGACCCGAGGGCUGUUCUAUUUGCAAAGCCUGCAGGUACAAGGAUGGGCAAGCUCAUCGCAGACGCAGCCCAGAAGAAUGGCAGAACCCCGAUUCGCCUCAAGUUUUGGAAAGUCUUGCGCCCAUUCUUCACAGUAAACGAGGAUCGAAAGACGGCAUGGGGCUGGUUGGUGCUGAUGUUGGCGCUGCUCGUCCUCGAGAGUGGGGUGCUGGUAGCCUUCAGCUACACCCAGCGGGACUUCUCGACAGCCAUGAGCAAUAAGGACCAGGAUGGGUUCUACCGCGGCACUCGGCGCUACGUCGUCAUCCUCCUGGCUGCGGCGCCCCUCUUUGCCCUCUCAAAGUUUGUCCAAGGGAAGCUUGGUCUGGACUGGCGGCGCUGGCUUACGGAGCACCUCUGCGGCCUGUACUUCCAGAACCGCUCAUUCUACGCCCUCAAGAUCGGGUACCUUUCCUCCAGCAAGACGACCGCGAGCAGCCCGGGAACCGAAGGGCAGCAGCAGGACGGCGCUGAAGGCAACGGCAGUGCUGCCGCUAUUUGGUUCGGCGCUAGGGAGGAGGAGCAGCAGCGAGGCGGGAUCGACAACCCCGUAAGCGCGGUGGACAACCCCGACCAGAGGAUCGGAGAAGACAUCUCCACCUUUACCAAGAACUGCAUCGACGUCGUCGUGGUGUUCGUGGGGUCGGUGCUCAAGGUGGGCUCGUUUGUCGGGGUGCUGCUGUCGAUAUCCCCCCGCCUCACCGCCUUCGUGGUGGCAUACUCCGUGGCGGGCACCCUCAGCACCACCGCCCUCUUCGGCGCCCGCCUGAAGCACCUCAUCUUCGAAGGGGCCAAGCGAGAGGCGAACUUCAGGUUCGGCCUGGUGCGUGUCCGCGAGCACGCGGAGGAGAUCGCGUUCUACCGGGGGGAGAAGGGCGAAAAGGAAGUGGUCAAGGGCCUGCUCGAGAAGGUGGUGGGCAACACCCACCUCAGGCUGUGGUGCGACGCUCAGCUGGCGGUGUUUUCGAACAGCUUCAUGUGGCUCACGGCGGUCCUCCCUUACCUCGUCGUGGCCGAGCGGUACUUCGCCGGGGAGAUCGAGUUCGGAGUGAUCUCGCAGACGGCCAUGGCCUUCCGGGUGAUCCAGGGGGCCCUGAGCGUCAUUGUGACGCAGAUCCGUACCCUGGCCAGCCUGGCAUCGGAGGUUGACCGCCUUCACUUCCUGGUGGUGUGCAUGGAGAGAAUGGCGGAGGAGAAUCCGGGCGGCAACCCUCCCGCCGGCAGCAGCGGCACGACGGCGGCAGCAACGUCCCUGUCUACCCUCGACGACGGCUACAUCGCGGUACCCUCGAGUGACGGCGGUGAUGACAAGGGCAGUGGCGUUGUGGUGCAAAGGGACGGCGAUGGGGAAGGAGAGGAGGGCGACGACGAGGAAGAGGCUGUGCUGCUGGACGUGACGGAGGCGGUGGAGGGGAGUGGCAACGGAAACGGAGGACGAAACGGAGACGGGGCAGGAGCAGCAGCUGGGGGGCGGAUAACUACAGUGGUAACGGGGGGAGGCUCAGCCGCCGGAAAGGGGCAGAAAGAAGUGAUACUGAAAAUAGAGGACUUGACGCUCUUCACCCCGGACAGAAAGCAAGCGAUCUGCCGAAAGCUGUCCUUCGAGGUGAAGAGGGGACAGUCCGUUCUCAUAUUCGGUCCUUCCGGCUGCGGCAAGUCAUCUCUCCUGCGGGGCAUUUCUGGGCUUUGGUCGGCUGGACGAGGAAGCAUUUCCCGGCACUCGGAUGACGAGACGAUGUUUAUCCCGCAGAAACCCUACCUCCCGCUGGGGUCGCUGCGCGCCCAGAUGCUGUACCCGCACUCUGAAGACGAAGUGAUGUUGACCCCGGCAUCCAUGGAAGGCAUUCUUGAGCAGGUUCAGCUUGGAUACCUCUGUUCCAGGUCUGGAGGACUCAGUGCGGUCCGGGACUGGCAGGACGAGCUCAGCCUGGGAGAGCAGCAGCGCCUGGCGUUCUCUCGGCUGCUGACCAACACGCCUUCGACGGUAUUUCUGGACGAGGCCACAUCCGCCCUCGACGAGGAGAACGAGGCCAAGGUGUACUCCUGGCUAAGGACGGCGGCGCUCGACGCCUUCGUCAGCGUGGGCCACCGGGCCUCGCUCUUUCGGUACCACACGCAUGUCUUGAGAGGCCAGAGCGACGGAAAAUGGUUCUUUCACACCAUGAAAGACUUCCUGGACAACCACUACUCCCCCGCCAUGCUGGGGCCAGACAAGUGAAGGCGGUUGGUACCGCCUGCGAUCGCUUGGUUGAUCCAAGCUACAUGUGCCGACGACCAUGAUUUUUGGAGAGGACGAGACUCCUACAUUCGGGGGGGGGGGAGGCGGCACUGGCGGUGUGAUUGAGUGCGCCAUGAUGGUCCAUGGUAGUGUGUCGUGUCACGCCGAAUGUUCGAGCGCCGAGUAAUCAGAAAUCGUGGGCGUGAUUUUCGGCCUUGAUCUUACGGGGGCGGGGUCUGGGGGCUUGGUCUACUUCUCGCCGGUGGUCGAUCUUCGCCUGCGGAGGAGUAAACGACGGGAUGACACCAUGUGACGUUGUCAUUGUACAUAGGACCAUGAAGGAGCCACAAAUGUACAGGUCGUGGAAAAGGCUGUGUAUUUGUAGCGUGGACGUGUGUGCAACUAAUCACAAUCGAGAAAAUAGCGUGAGACGAGAGAACCCUCUGCAUUGGAUCCGAUUACGCCGAAGUUUGAGUUCAGGCUCCCUUAGGGAAAUGCGUUUAGUGUCUUCGGAAUGACUGUAAGGCGUUCACAGGUUGCGCGCAUUGGGGGCAUGGGUGCUUCCAUAUGUGGUGGUCGACCACAAGCCAUAUUCGCGGGCCUUGGUACCGUUUGUAGCGCGGUUUGCUUAUAUUUUCUUCGACUAUUAUAUCGCCUUGCUUGUUGCGCGUGCUAGCUGCAGUCCUUCUUGAAAGCAGCAGCGGCAGCAGCAACGUGCGUGCUCACCUCUUGGCACACGCCCUUAUUGAAGCAUGUGCUGUAGUGGUUGAGGGAGCGGCCUCUGGAUGCACCCCGCUACUGCGUUGAGUCCUCGGGGGGAAAUCGAUUAAGUUCGAGCAUGCACCUCUUUGGUGAGCCAAUCACCUAAUGGCCUACCGCAUGAGCAUUUCUAGCGGCGGCUACCUAGGUUAGCAGUUUGCGUCUCGACCGCGAGUGUUCAUUCGGCCCUGCGUACGUGGAAGUAGGGUGGGCUGUUUCGUGCCUGCACCGAACCGGGACCUGGUGAAACGUUUUGGCGACAACAACGAAGCCAAGCAAGCCUACGGGUUACCCGAACGCAACGCGGAAGGUAUGUAGAUACUGUGGAGUGGCGGAUAUUGUUUGACGAUGACGAUAGAGCAAAGCUGAAGAACGGUCCGACAGUUUUUUUCGCACGCUUUAGUAGCACGAAUGGUGGGUACUGUCGUAAUUUUCGUUGUUGUGGGUACGGUCCGUGUUGAUCGGGACAAGUUUGGGGCGGAUGUGCACGGUCUAUGCAAGAGGGAGGAGUCUCAGGCAGGAAAUGGGGGAGGAAAAAAUAACCGAACCGGGCAGGCGGGUCGCACUCGGGUGUAUAUAUGGACAGCGGGGGCGGGGAAUCGAAAGAGCCUUCUUGGUGACUUGAAGUUGUUUUGUCCUGCAACAUGGGAAUCGGGGUGUGUGGAGCUUGCCAGGAAAACGGGAAUUGUGCCCGCCAUGGCACAUCCCCAUGUCCGAGCCUUGAUACCUCGAUUGCUCCACGAACGAGAGGCUAGCAAUGUCGAGAAGGUUGGUGGUGGAAUCUCUCGCCCAAAGAUUAAAUGUACUUGGUACCUAGAAUUUGAGACGGAUGUGUUCCUUCAAUGGUGUAGGCGGGACGAGUGUUCGGAAUCGAAAACACUGCACAGCAUACGCACAAACUAAGUACAGUUUUCACCUUUGCACGUGCGAUCCCGCGCAGCUCACCGCUCUCAACAAGCUAACCUUGCCCAACCAGCUUCGCGGUGAGAGAUGACGUUGAAGUUGGGAUAUAGUCUAUAUUGGAGUACUUUUUUGUUCUUCGAACAUGGAUGUGUGCGUUGGACACAUGCAUAUUCUCCAGAAAAAAAAGAAAACUGUAUUACAUAUCCAAAUGUCAACAUCGUCUCUCACCGCUGAGCUGGUUGUUCGACAGGUUGAGCCAGGUUAGCUUGUUGAGAGCGCCGAGCUACGCCGAAAUCGUGUAUGCCAAGAUAUCGAAAAACUGUAGACUAGUCAGUUUGUGUUUGCGGUGCACUGUUUUCGAUUCUAAUAGGGCAUCGUCCCGCCUACGCAUGGGCAGGAUUCAUGCAUGUUGCUUCUUCAGAAGUCGAAACUAGUUGUUGGACUGUCAACCUCCUGGGCUCACCUCGUUCCUGUCGACUUCAAGGCGCUCCAAGGCGUUAAGAAUUCCUAUAAUAGCUGCCCGUUCGGUUUUCGCGCCUUGUUUUUGCAGCAAUCGAGCUUUAAAACCAAUCUCUGGGGUGUGCGAUGAAUUUUGGAG